UAUGCCCUCAAGAAUAGAAAAUCUUUGACGUCAGAGCUUAGAAUAGACACCACCGUCUGCUAACCAAUUCCAAUUCGAAAUAUGAUGGAGCCUUAACUGGACGACAACAAGAGAUUCAUUCAUUAACAGGGAGGACGCAACGUACGGAGCGCAAAGCAAUAAUGGUUGAAUAUCCCACAGAGUUCCUUUGUUCCAUGGCGUGUUUCCUUGCCCGCCUCCUUCACAUGCUGCGUAAGUUCCUAUCCAUGGUGCUGUGCUCCGUCAACUCCAAGCCCUCCGAUCGCAGGCGGCACCCCUUCCAGGAUCAUGAGGUCGUUCUCAAGAAGGCGGCGAGGAGAAGGCCGGCGAGGAUUGCGAUACCGAAGCCUUUGGCCACCCCCGCAGCAGCAUUUGCGGUCGGGCAGGAAGAAGGGGACGCCGUGGAGGAGGUGCAGGCUGAGAGUGGGGAUUAUUGCGUGGCGAGUAAGCGAGGGCAGAGGCAUAAGAUGGAAGAUGGCUAUGUGGUCAUAUCCAACAUCCAUGGAGAUUCCAAACAGGCGUUCUUCGGUGUGUUCGACGGACAUGGCGGACGCGCAGCUGUAGACUUUGUGUCAGAGAAGCUCGGGAAGAACAUUGUUACAGCUCUGGACGAGGUGGAAGAUGAAGAAGGAGAAAGAGAAGCAAAUGGAAGGGUGGAAAUGGCGAUCAGAGCAGGGUAUUCGACCACGGAUAGGGAAUUCCUAAAUCAGGGCUUGACCAGUGGAGCUUGUGCAGCCACAGUGCUAGUGAAAGACGGUGAAAUGCACGUGGCUAAUGUGGGCGAUUGCAGGGUGGUAAUGAGCCACAGGGGAGUGGCCAACGCCCUCACCGAUGACCACCGUGCUGCCAGAGAAGACGAGCGAAAUCGCAUCCAAAACAACGGAGGGUUCGUGACAUGCCAUAACGGCACCUGGAGAGUGCAGGACACUCUUGCCGUGUCCAGGUCCUUUGGUGAUUUGAGCCUCAAGGAGUGGAUUAUCUCUGAGCCAGAGAUUAAGAACAUCCACCUGACUCCAGAUUGUGAAUUUCUAAUAUUGGCCUCUGAUGGGUUGUGGGAUAAGGUCACAAACCAAGAGGCCGUUGACGUUGUCUCACGGCACGGGAGCCUGUUGGAGUCGUGCAAAGUACUCAUAGAAUUGUCCUGCAGACGAGGCAACAAGGACGACAUUACCGUCAUGGUUAUACAACUCAAAAGCUUUGUACAGCUUAAGGGCUGAUGCAAACAUUUGCUGGCCAAGCUGGAGCAGUGAAAAGAGGAUGCCAAUAGUCAGAAUCUCUAUCAUGAUUAGUGUAGUCGUAGCCAAUAUAGUUAGAAUGUAUAUAUAAAUAUGUAUACACUACUUCUGUAAUACAAAAAAGAAGAAUAUACAUGCUUGUAAGCCAACAUGCUGCACAAAGAGCAAUUGUUGUUCAAUCAAUAGAAUAGAGAGAGAGUAGAAAGAAACAGAAUGGAAAAAAUAGAGUGAAAUAAUUAUCCUAAUUAAUUUUAUUU